CCAACACCACACGACGGCCAUACGAGAGCGUACAACGAUUUCCCUUUCCAGUCCCCACAGUGCGCACACAAACUGAGUGACGGCCGCAUCUAGCAGAAAGACUUGCUCAGCUCAGCGUAGCUAGUCCAUCCAUGGCUCCGGCAAGUCCUCUGCUCGUCCUCGUCCUCCUCGCCGUAACUGCCCCGCUCUCGGCUGAUGCGGGGGUGGCACUGGUGUUCCCCGAUGAAGCGCUCCCGACCAAGUCGGGCUACCUCCCCAUCCCGCCCGCCAACGCCUCGCUCUUCUUCGCCUUCUACGAGGCCACCCACCCGUUCACGCCGCCGGCCUCCACGCCGCUCCUCCUCUGGCUGCAGGGCGGGCCCGGCUGCUCCGGCCUCGUGGGCAACUUCUUCGAGCUCGGCCCCUACUUCGUCAACCCCGACAGCGUCUCCCUCUCGCCCAACCCCUUCGCGUGGAACCGCCGCUUCAGGCUCCUCUUCAUCGACAGCCCGCUCGGCACCGGGUUCAGCGCCGCGCCGGCCCCCGCCGACAUCCCCACCAACCAGUCCGUCGUCGCCGCGCACAUCCUCGCGGCGCUGCAGUCGUUCCUCGCCCUCGAUCCCGGCUUCCGCGCGCGGCCGUUCUUCCUCACCGGGGAGAGCUAUGCCGGCAAAUACAUCCCCGCGGCGGGGGCGCACAUCCUGGACGUGAACCCGACGCUGCCGGAGGCGCUUCGGGUCAACCUCCGCGGCGUGGCCAUCGGCAACGGACUCACGCACCCCGUCGCGCAGGUGGCCACGCACGCGGACGCGGCCUACUUCUCGGGCCUCAUCAACGCGCGGCAGAAGCGGGAGCUGGAGGCGCUGCAGGCGGAGGCGGUGGCGCUGACGCGCGCGGAGCGGUGGCGCGAGGCGGCGGACGCGCGGGGCCGGGUGCUGUCGCGGCUGCAGAACAUGACCGGCCUGGCCACGCUGUACGACGCGGCGAAGCAGCGGCCGUACCGGACGGACCCCGUGGGCGCGUUCCUGAACCGGCCGGAGGCCAAGGCGGCGCUGGGCGCGCGCGGGGACGCGGCGUGGGAGGAGUGCAGCGACGCGGUGGGCGCGGCGAUGCACGCGGACGUGAUGAGGAGCGUGGUGCCGCAGGUGGAGUCGCUGCUGCGGCGCACGCGCGUGCUGCUGUACCAGGGCAUCCGCGACCUCAGGGACGGCGUCGUGUCCACGGAGGCGUGGCUCGGCGAGGUGCGCUGGGACGGGCUGGCCGCCUUCCUCGACGCCGACCGCGCCGUGUGGCGGACGCGCGACGGGGACCUCGCGGGGUACGUGCAGCGCUCCGGCGCGCUCUCGCACGUGGUGGUGUACGGGGCCGGGCACCUGGUGCCGGCGGACAACGGCCGCGCCGCGCAGGAGAUGAUCGAGGACUGGGUGCUGGGCACGGGGCUGUUCGGGAGCCGCGGAGGCAACGGCAGGAGGCGCGCAGCCUGAUGCUGCCUGGCGCCCGCUGGUGAAGCACGUACGAACGUGAGUAUGGACGAUUGCGUGGGCGAAAAAUGUAGUGUAGUACAAUAAAAGAAUUUCGAUGGUUUUUUUUACACAGAUUUUGAUGGGUUUAGCGGAACGGUGAUACUAUUUCAGAUCGGUUCUGAUCGUGUCCGACCAUUCCUAUUACGAGCAGUGUGUAAUCAGUGGCGGAUGCAGGAUGAAAGGCAAGGGGGCUGAAACAAUGAAGAUGUUGAUUUGUGUGAAGAUUUAAUGGUGAUUUGAUGUUUUUGCUACAGUA